AUGUCCAAUCCAUUUCGCCGUAGUUCACUUGCUAAAGGCGCUGGCGGCAGCAAUUCAUCCAACACUUCACCCGGCCCGCGCGGCACCGAGCCUUUGUCGAUAGACACGAAAGUUCGAACCACGUCUCAGAAACAUGUGAACUUUGCAUCUCCUCCUGCGAUAAUCUCGCCCAUUUCGUACUCCUCGUCGCCAGAAUCGAGCCGACAGGAUUUCCCAUCAAAUGCUCCCAUUCAAAGCUCACCUCUCCCUGCACCUACAGACUACAGCCAUGCAUUUGCCAUCGAUCCUUUUGCGGAACAGCCUGGAGAUGGGGAUGAUAGUGCUAUUGAGAAAGCCUUAGAAAAUGCAAGGGUCAACACCGCAAUAGUGACCGCGCCUGUGGUCGCCCCGAAGAUCAACCCUGAUAGUGCUGUGAAGGAUACUCUGGCACGAUUCGCCAGCGCUCCCAGAGGGCCAUCAUUUGGGCAACAUCUGGAUUCUCGAGCAAAGAAGGAAAAUGCCUCGUCGAAGGCCAUCAUGGACGUGGAUGCCUUCAAAAGGAUGUUGCUCACCGGAAGUGCAACGCCAGGAGAAAAGGCAGCGUCCAGUCAACCAGUGUCAACGCAAUCUGUAAGUGACAACAGUUCCAGUGCGGACUCGGCUUCGAUCUCGCAGCAUUCUCUUUUCGAGAUCAACCCAACCACACGCGAGGAAAGUCCGCGCACGUCGGAAGAGCUGGACAUGCGAGAGCACAUUGAGCAUAGAACAACACCUGGACCUAGUUCUUCAAGCAAGCGACCACCCCCUCCACCGAAAAGUCGGCGUGGGAAAGCCUCAAAGGAUGCCACAUCUGACUCCGGUUCCAUGAACAAGUUCGACAACUUCAUCAAUUCGCUCUCAUUACCCCCGAAGCAUGAUGCCUCCUCCGAGAUGAGUUCUAUGAGAUCACCCUCAUCGGAGCAACUCGACUUCGGCGAGACAUCAAGCAAUUCUUACGUGCCCGAAGCCAGCAAGAGGGCAGCGCCACCCCCUCCUCUCACUCGCCGGAAAAGCCAACAACAACCUAGCAAGCCGUUACUGACAAGAAGCAGCUCUUCACGACAGUCUGUGCUGAGUGAUUCUGACCCACCCGUGAGCCCUCAGAGUACAACGACGCCGAGAGCACCUCCUCCUCCACCUUCUCGUCGUUCAGCCAGCUUUGGUGAGCGCCGCCCGUCGCUGGAUCUCGCUUCCACCUCUGAGAUUGGCAGCCAGUCGAGCCAGCAGCCAACGCCGUCACAGACUCCAUCAUAUCCAAAGAAAUCGAGUCAGCUGCCACCUCCGCCACUGCCGCCGCCUCGCAGAGGUAGAGGAUCUAGUCGUAGCUCUGUCGAUACGCAACGACCAAGUAUGCUGGCGUUGGGAAUUACAGAUCCCUUGAAGUCGCAAGACGACUCUACCGAGAAGCACUCGAGUCUUGGGGAAAGGGAUAUCCUUGCCGAUCUUGCAGCCCUUCAGAGAGAGGUGGAUGCCGCAAGGGCAAGCGCGGGCCGGUGA